AUGACAUCCUUUGAUAUCAAUACGACCGGCGAUGAUGUGCUCAAGCACUUCUCCAAGUACGCCAAGGGCAAAACAUUUGUCAUAACCGGUCCCAGUGAAAAUGGCAUUGGCGCCGAGUCUGCAAUCACUCUCGCAUCUGCAAAGCCCCAGAAAAUCAUUCUUGUCGGUCGAACUGAAAGUAAAGUCAUUUCAGUGAUUGAAGCUAUCAGAAAGAUCAACCCAGACAUUGAAGUCUUCUUUGUUGAAAUCGAUCUUCUCAACAACAAGAGCGUUCGACAAGCAGCAGAGAAGAUAAAGACCUUGACAGAUAAGAUUGAUGUUCUUAUUAACAAUGCUGGUGUGAUGGCUGUAAAAUAUUAUGCUACAUCUGUCGAUGGAGUUGAAAGCCAAUUUGCGGCUAAUUAUCUUGGUCAUUUUCUUCUUACCAAUCUGCUGGAUGGAGAAACAUACAAUCCCUGGGUUGCUUACGGACAAGCGAAAACUGCUAUGGUACUGUUCAAUCUCGCUCUUGACAAACGAUUGAAGCAGAAAGGAGUUACGGCAUUGAUAUGCCAUCCUGGUGGAAACCCUCUUCCCCCGCAAAACAUGGUGACUUUGAAACAAGCAGCGGGAGUGGUUCUUUUCACGGCUUUGAACCCAUCUCUGCCAGAGGCUGCACCAGCAUUCAUCGUUGAAAAUGAAAUUUACACAGAGACGAAGGAUUAUGCUCUCAAUAAGGAGACAGCCGAGGGCUUAUGGAAGCUCAGUGAGAAGCUUGUGGGGGAGACAUUUGUUUACUGA